AUGCGAAACCUACAAGUACUUGAUCUGUCCUUCAAUAAGCUGACUUAUAUAUACAAGGGUACAGUGGAAGGACUCACGGAUCAGUUCAAUAAUUUGUACCUUCAAGGAAACGAGCUAGAGACAAUAGGUGAUGGCACUUUGAAUCAAUUUAAAAGUCUCCAAAGAUGCCGGUUGGACAAUAACAAGCUGACAUCUGUACCAGAUUUGACAGGUCCUAAGACUAUAGGUUCCUUACUACUACAAGAGAAUCAGAUCACAGAUUUAUCUAGAAUUGCCACUUCUGGGAUUGGACGCGUGUAUUAUCUAUCGUUGUCUAACAAUAAGAUCGAUCACCUUCCACCAAACAUAUUUCAGAAUACUCUCGUAAUAGGGAGCCUUGAUUUGUCAUUCAACAAAUUGCAGUCAUUACCAGAUGAAAUAUUUAAAGGGCUCGGUCAAUUAAACAUUCUGGUGCUAACCUUCAACAACAUCACUCACGUUAACAAUCACACAUUCAGUGGACUUUCUAGUUUGACCACACUACUGCUGAUCAAAAACAAACUUACAUUUAUUGCCAAAGACGUUUUUUAUGAGACUCCCAGCCUGAAAUCAUUGUUUCUUCACAGUAAUGCAAUUACAAAAAUUGAAAAGGAGGCUUUUGACGGACUCGAUCUGAACCAGUUAACCAUUUUUGAUAAUCCUUUAAACUCAUUACCAGAUGGAAUGUUCGACAGAAUGGCAAAUCAUACCCAAGUGGCAUUGACGUGUAAAAACCUUGGUCAGCUGCCUCUGGGAAAAUACGUGUCUCAAAUUGAUUGUGCUCCCACGACAUCUCUGCACGUCAUUUUGGACAACCACCAAAGUAGCUUCAGUUCAUGCUUUACACGCUCAGGUUUUGUGUGCCAGGACUGUGCAUCCCACGAAAAACACAGUGUACGAUUCUUAUGUGCAAAUUGCAGCCUAUGUCCAGUUGGUACCUACGUGUAUACUGAUGAAUCCCGCUGUCUACUGUGUCCUGCAGGAGGUUUUUAUCAGAAUGAAAUGGGACAAGUUGAUUGCAAAAGAUGCAGCAUUGGUACAUUUGUUUCUGAACAGCGAAGUCCUGGGACCAAAGCUACCGACUGCGUGGCAUGUCCAUACGGUACGCUUUCUAACGAGACUGCUGAAUAUCGUGCAUGCAGAUGCCUACACAACUUCUAUCGGUUAGAUCGUUUUGGCCCGUGCUCAGCAUGUCCACCGUAUGGUUUUGUUUGUAAGAAGGACACAGGAAUACUUGCUCCUAACUACUUCUGGAAAUGGUCAAAUCAGUCUGACAAAGAACGAUACAAAGGUUUUGUUAACAAUAUCCAUUCUACUGGAUCAGACUACGACAAGUCCUUUUCAACGUUCAAUACUUUACUUCCAAAAUCACUCAAAUGUCCCCAUGCAAAUUCCUGCAAGGGUGGAAUUGACUCAGAAUGCCAUCAAGGAUAUAAAGGGACUUUGUGUGCAACCUGCUCUGAAGGCUUCUAUUUUCGCUUCAGCUCUUGUUUGAAAUGUCCCCGGUUAAUUGUAACAGUAACUUCAUCCAUUUUGGUGAUUGUUCUUUUUGUUGCUGUGUUUCUAAUGGUUCUUUGGGGUGACUCCAGGCAUGUAGAGAACAACCGGACAGUUGCAGAUGUCGUCAUGUCGUGCUUUAAAAUUGUAACUGGUUUUUACCAAGUCAUUGCUGGUAUUUUCUCGGCAUUGGCGAAAGUCCAGUGGCCAGUCAUUUUGAUCUCAACUGAGAAGGUUCUAAAAGUAUUUGAAGGGAACAUCUUACAGUUUGCCCCUCUUAGUUGCAUACAGUCUUCUCUACGGCUUGAUCAGCUUGGAAAGUUCACGAUGAUUGUUGUCAUGAAUGUCUCGCUCGUUGGAUUGAUUUUCUUGUAUCUAUUUCUUAAAAAGCGCUACAUCAUGAAUAAGAAGGAUCUUGGCGAAGACCGGAAAGUAAUGGAAGUUAAAAGUUUGACGAAAUCCUGCUACCGGAACAUUUUUCUAUUGUUGUUGACGACCUACCCCACGACGAGCAAAUCGAUUAUUCAGAUUCUACCUCUUCCCGGUGCUUGUAUAAAAACAUGUUUCACAGACAACAAGAGCGACUGUAUCUUCCUACUGAGAGCUGAUUACUCCAUUCAGUGUUUCACUCCUCGCCACAACUUGUAUUGGCUCAUGGCUUCUAUUUUGGCGUUAUAUCCCGUGGGAUUUCCACUUUUAGCUUUGUUUCUCACUUACAAAUAUCGUGAAUCCCAGGAAUACGAAGCCAUUUCUUUCGGACUCAGAGUGUUCUUUGAAAACUACAAGAAUGAAUUUUGGUUCUGGGAAAUCACAGAGAUGUAUCGCAAGCUGUUUCUAACCUCACUGAUUUUUCUUUUUGGAUCAAAAAGCCUUUCUCAAAUCGGUCUCACAGUUCUGACAGUCAGCGUCUUUGGAGUGGUCUACACCUUAUUCCGACCAAUCAAGGACAAGUUUGAAGACCGCUUACAAACAUUUGUUCUUUGGAUAACUUUUUUUGACGUUUGUCUUGGUGCAGUUUACACAAACUGGGAUGAGAGUCAAGGAGAGGGCAAGAACGACUCCAUCUUUGUAAAUGUCUUGUUCAUGACCCUUAACGCCUCUGUAUUGUUUCUUGCCAUUGGAAAAGGAAUUCUACAUGUGAAGUCAAUUUGGAAGGACGUAACCUUCAACCCGAUCCGAUGUUUCAGCUUCCUUUGCCAAGGAGUAUCACGUCUCAAAAACUGGGUGGUCACAAGAACAGGAACAUCCGAUGAACUUUCAUACUUGAUUGAAGAAAGCAACUGA